AUGGCUGCUAGAGCCCUAUCCUCAGUGCUCACCGCAUUGGGAGCUCCGCCUGCUGCUCCUACUGCUAAUGGCAAGCAACAACCACCACCACCAUUGUUUGCUGGCAGCCCCAUAGUACGAACUCGUUUCUCUGUGUCUCAGCUAUCCAAUUUCUUCUCUUCCUCGAACUCCCCCGACGACAUCCAAGUCACUCCAACAACAAAUACCACCCACGGAGACUACAACAAGUAUCACACAUCGGCUGCUUCUCUAUAUCAUAGUAAUAUUAAUAAUAGUAAUAACAAGGAAGUCAUGGGAUCUUCCAACUCGUCGCCACCAGCAUCUCCAUCAUCAUCCACGUCGAUAUCGUCGGCCAAAACCGUAGUGGUCGAAAACCCGAAUGAUGAAUUCUUUUCACCGACUGCUGAAAAGUAUGGUAUGACACUGCCUGACCCCAUGCUGACAGACAAGGACGCUUCGUACUUCAUAAACCAGAUGACUCAUGAAUCGGAUGCUGCUCUUACUGCCAUGGCUAUACAGCCCGUAAAACCAACUCAACGAGACGCAUACGAUCUAGUGAUUCCCAUAGUAGCUCUCGGAUCCGUCACCAUCGUCUUUUUAGGUCCAUUACUCUUCCCAAAAGCAUACUCGGUCUUCCUCGUCCUGUAUUUUGCUACGUUCUUUACUCUGUCGUGCUCCCACUUGAUCAAAUUCUCAAAGACUGUCUCGAAAAUGUAUGCCAAUCUAUCUGAUCGUCGUCCCGCAGAUAUAGAAGCCGCUGGCUUGAAUAACGGAUUGAUUUCACCGUCUUCUAAAUUCGAUUACUGUCAUGUCUUUCUCAUACCCAAUUAUAAUGAACCUUUACCGCUGCUGCAAAAGACUAUUGGAAGACUCGCUUCCCAUAAAAAUGCAAGGACAAACUAUGUUAUUGUGCUGGCCAUGGAAGAAUCUGAAGGUGGAAACCAUAUCAAGAGUGAAGCUCUAGUCAAGGAAUUUGAAUCUAGAUUCCUUCAGGUUGUGGUGACGGUGCAUCCUAUUGGUAUUCCAGGAGAGGCUAGAGGGAAGGGAUCUAAUGUGAACUAUGCCGCCAGACGUGCAUGCCAAGUCUUAAUAAGGGAAGGAAUCCCAAUGAGAAGCCAAAUAUUCACCGUAUCAGAUUCCGACUCGGCCAUUCCUGAACUCUACGUAAUUAACGUUGAACGGGAAUUAGCUGCAGCACCCGAUCCAUUAAAUCUGGUGUUCUGUCCACCAAUCUUCUUUUCACGGAAUGCAUUUUCUGUGCCUGCUGCUGUAAGAGUUACUGAUAUCAUGUGGAGUGUAAUGGUCAUGCAAAAUCUAUCUAAUGUUCGUGGAAUUACAUUCCCUUGCUCAACGUACUCGCUGUCUGCUACUUUGGCCGAUCGAGUUGGAUAUUGGGACACUGAUUUCUCUGCUAUUGGUGAAGAUCUUCAUAUGUACUUGAAAUGCUUCUUUAAAACAGAUGGUGAAGCCCGUGGGGUCCCAAUCUAUGUACCGAUAAAUUUGACCAACGUGCAGACUCCAGGCUUUGUAAACAACAUGCACGCCCGAUACGUGCAAGCUAAACGCCAUUACUUUGGAUUGGCCGACACUGCUUAUACCAUAAGAGAAGCUCGCCGGCUGGCCCGACGAGCUUCACGAACUAGCACAACAUACCUCCAGGGCAUGAUUGAUCGAUUCCUGGUAUGCUUCCAUGUCUUGGAAGCACAUGCAGUCCCCGCAUCAUCUGGAUGGAUGAUGAUGUUGGCCGUCCCGCUAUUCCAGGCAUUAGCAGCAGGUGUAUUUGUUGAUGACAAGUUCUACUCGAAUGUGUAUUUCGCUGCUCAGGCUUUGGGAGCUAUAGCUGGACUUCCAUUAUUAUUAUGUGCUUUUGUGUAUGAGGGGUUACAUCGUCAUGUUGAUUCGACUCUGUUGGGCAAGACGCAAGGAGAGGGACGUGGUCUUAAAUACCUUUUGGACUAUUGUUGGUUGCCUGUGUCUGCAUUCCUCUUCCUCACGAUACCGAGUACAGAAGCCAGUAUCAGAAGACUGACAGCCGUUGAAGAAAAAUACGUAACUGCCGAAAAGUCAGGUAUCGAUGAUAACUAG